AUGGCUUUUGCGGCUGUGGUUGCCGCCGUUGCCGGACUCCUCCACAACCAAGCGGCCACAGUCUUGCAAGCAGCACAGAGUCCCCUCGCAGCGGCCGACGCGGCGCUGGCGGUGCCACCGCUCUCGCCCGUGCCCGCCGCUGCCUCGCCGCCGCCGCCUUUCUACGACCCGGUGGUGCCGGCUGCAGCGGUGCCGGCGCCCGCGGUGCCGGCGCCCGCGGUGCCGCCGGCGCCGGUACCGGCUAUCCCUGCAGUUCCCCUUGCGCCCGUCACUCCCCCGCGUGUUCGGGCGCCUGCAGACUGCCCCAGCCCCACGCCGCGGCGGAUGCUACAGCCCGUUCCAGUCCCGGCUCCGCGGCGUGCCCUGGCCCUGCCCGCAAGCUACGAGCAGCUCACUCCCGCGGCACAGACGGCGGCUGACUAUGCAUGCCCUGUCCCCGCUCCGCGGCGAGCCCCGGCCCAGCCUGCGAGUUACCGGCGGCUGAGUGCCGCGGCACGGACGGCGGAUGGCCAUGCGAGCCCAGUCCCUGCUCCGCGGUGUGUUCUACCCCGCCCCCCCCCGUCCCUGCCGGAGCAGCAGCUGCACCAGACGCCGCGGCCGCCACCGGGUUCGCUGCGCUGCCCCCUGCCGCAGCCCCUGCGUGUCCUGUGCCCGCAGACUCCUUCGCGUUCCCUCCCGCGGCCCCUGAAACUACCGCUGCUGCGGCUCCCGCGCCCCCGCCACCUCCCGCGCGCCCCAUGCGAGCCGCCGCCAUGA